GCAUCUGGAUAACAGUAGAACUCGUAUAUUAAUGAAGACUAGUGCAUGACAAUCCCAAUUUAACACGAGAAGCAAUGUUUUCCCACACAAAAUACACAAGGUGGAAGGAGAUCUUAUCAUGUCCUGCUAAUUUGGCCUGAUUUCGAUGCCUUCAAUAAUUGCACCACUUUUCCAGCUACCAUCGAAAUGAAAAAUUCGUAUUUCCAAUUGGCCAUCUUCACCUCCUUCAUUGAAGCAUUCACCCAACUCUAGCUCUAGCCAACCAUCUCCCCUCUCUACUGGGUACUGGUAAUUAUUUUGUACAUCUUCACCUAGCUCUAGCCAACCAUCUCCCCUCUCUACUGUAUACUGGUAAUCAUUUUGUAUAUCUUCAUCUUCUGCAUGCAGAAACACAGUUCGCUGCAAACCUUCAGUUCCACUAAGUCAGACAGUGGCUUCUACAUGUUCAUUUGUAAAUCCAUAAAAUCCAGCUGCCAGUUUGAACACAAGGUAUGCCUUAUAAUGUGUCAUUGAAGAAAGCUUGCAAGUACUGAUCCUCCCAACGAUUUCAAACCAACAAACACUGAGAAGCUCUGCACCCUCAGGAAACCUGAUUGUGUAGGGCAUAUAUUAUGGACACUAACGAAGAGGAGAGAAUUAAGGUCAGAUUCAGGCCAGCAGCGCGUGAGGGUGCGUUCUGCCACCUUUCGGACUAUAACUCCGGCAGAGUAGCUCAGCAGGGCCCUCUGAGAAAGUUUCCAAUGUUGUGUCUUGUAUUAUGGCACAAUUUUGUUGCAGACCACUGUUCGUCUGGGCAGUCCAAGGGGUAAGGUGAUGCGUUGACCAGUGCCUCCUGAUCAACUAAUCCCUACUUUUGCAACACUUCCUGCAAGCCAUCGUCAGUCACUACAUUUGAUUAGAAUUUUUGAGAUGUGACAGCUUAGCUACUUAUGAUUCUAAAUACUUAUCAAGUUUGUGUGUGCGAACAAGUUUGUAAUUUAUAUGGUGGAGUUAUGUACAGUACUGAUGUAGGGAAGUUGUGAAUUUGUUUACAGAAUAAGAUUGUCAGCUCUUG